AGGUCUACCUUGUAUGAAUCACCAAGAGCAUUGUGUGCUACAAAACUCAGCAGUAUAUUUAUCUGGUAGAUAAUGGAUGGAAACCACUGUUAGCAGAAGUUGCAUUGGCUGUAAAAACAGAAAGGAAGAGGAAGCUAGAGACAAAGUAAUUACAGCUUGCUAGAAACAGAGGCUCCAUUCUGCCCAACAUCUUUGUACCUUACUCCUCAUGACAAGAUCUCACUGAGCCUCUACUGGGAGGAACAUUAUAAGGCUAAGCUCUGGCAUAUGGUUCAAACUUCUGCUGAAUCAUAACCAUUUGCUGCUGAGCUAUGACAAGAGAGGAAACAAAAAGUUAGACGAGCAAGCCUGCCAUAAGUGAGGAGAUCGUUUCAUCAGUAGUUAUUUACUUGCCUGAAACAUACACAGCUACUGCGAUAACCUUUGUAAAGGGUUGGUUGACAAGCUGCUUUCUACACACAAGUUUUAGGUUGUCUUCUUACAUUUUCAGCAAAAUUCCUUGAUAACAUGCUUUUGCGAAGUUCAGGAAAAUUAAAUGUGGGCACCAAGAAAGAGGAUGGUGAGAGUACAGCCCCCACACCUCGCCCAAAGAUCUUGCGUUGUAAAUGCCACCAUCAUUGUCCAGAAGAUUCGGUCAACAAUAUUUGCAGCACAGAUGGAUAUUGUUUCACAAUGAUAGAAGAAGAUGAUUCUGGGAUGCCUGUGGUAACUUCUGGAUGUCUAGGACUAGAAGGCUCAGAUUUUCAGUGUCGGGACACUCCCAUUCCUCAUCAAAGAAGAUCAAUCGAAUGCUGCACAGAACGGAAUGAAUGUAAUAAAGAUCUGCACCCCACCCUGCCUCCACUGAAAAACAGAGAUUUUGUUGAUGGAUCUAUACACCACAAAGCCUUACUUAUAUCUGUGACUGUCUGUAGUUUGCUCUUGGUCCUUAUCAUUUUAUUCUGUUACUUCAGGUAUAAAAGACAAGAAACCAGACCUCGGUACAGCAUUGGAUUAGAACAGGAUGAAACUUACAUCCCUCCUGGAGAAUCCCUGAGAGACUUAAUUGAGCAGUCUCAAAGCUCAGGAAGUGGAUCAGGCCUCCCUCUGCUGGUCCAAAGGACUAUAGCUAAGCAGAUUCAGAUGGUGAAACAGAUUGGAAAAGGUCGCUAUGGGGAAGUUUGGAUGGGAAAGUGGCGUGGCGAAAAGGUAGCUGUGAAAGUGUUCUUCACCACAGAGGAAGCCAGCUGGUUCCGAGAAACAGAAAUAUAUCAGACAGUGUUGAUGAGGCAUGAAAACAUUUUGGGGUUCAUUGCAGCAGAUAUCAAAGGGACAGGGUCCUGGACACAGUUGUACCUAAUCACAGACUAUCAUGAAAAUGGUUCCCUCUAUGAUUAUCUGAAGUCCACCACCUUAGAUACUAAAUCAAUGCUGAAGUUAGCCUAUUCUUCUGUCAGUGGCUUAUGUCAUUUACACACUGAAAUUUUUAGUACUCAAGGCAAACCAGCAAUUGCCCAUCGAGAUCUGAAAAGUAAGAACAUCCUGGUGAAGAAAAAUGGAACUUGCUGUAUAGCUGACCUGGGCCUGGCUGUUAAAUUUAUUAGUGAUACAAAUGAAGUUGACAUACCACCCAACACUAGAGUUGGCACCAAACGCUAUAUGCCUCCGGAAGUGUUGGACGAGAGCUUGAAUAGAAAUCACUUUCAGUCUUACAUCAUGGCCGACAUGUACAGUUUUGGACUCAUCCUUUGGGAGGUUGCUAGGAGAUGUGUAUCAGGAGGUAUAGUGGAAGAAUACCAGCUUCCCUAUCAUGAUCUAGUGCCCAGUGAUCCCUCUUACGAGGACAUGAGAGAGAUCGUGUGCAUCAAGAAGCUACGCCCCUCAUUCCCCAACCGAUGGAGUAGUGAUGAGUGUCUAAGGCAGAUGGGGAAACUCAUGACAGAAUGCUGGGCUCACAAUCCUGCGUCCAGACUGACAGCCCUGCGUGUUAAGAAAACACUUGCCAAAAUGUCAGAGUCCCAGGACAUUAAACUCUGAUUUGAGGGGAAAAAAAUAAGCACCACUGGAGAAAGCCAGUAGAUAUUCUUCUGUUUGUGGGCAGAGCAAAAGAUGUUCCAGAAGCAUCCACAGUACAAGCCUUGAACAUAGUCCUGCUUCUCAGUGGGUUCAGCCUGGCCUCUCAGGGAGCAGCCUGGACGGAGACAGAGAAAUUCCCAGAAACACGGAUUCAUCGGGUCUGUUUGUAGGAGGGAGAAAUCGCUCGGGUAACUUGUUCAAGAUAUGAUGCAUGUUGCUUUCUAAGAAAGCCCUGUAUUUUAGGAUUGCCAUUUUUUUCCCCCCAAAAGAUGCUUUAAUUUUGCCAAAAUAAAACAAAUAAUGUAGAUGUUUUAAGGUUUAUACUGGUAUAGUGUUAUAGUUUAAAUAAUAACAAUGAAAGUUCUUCCCAGAAUUUCUUCUGGAAGGCAAAUUAAAAUGUGUUUUUUCAUUGGUAAAAAUCUUGUUGCACUCUACAAACCAAAAGUCAGUCUGUGAAGUUGGAGAAUGCAGAAUGGAACUCAUCUGAAAAGCCCCCGCCCCCGCCUCCUCAGACCACUUUGGCCAGCCCUGCACUGGGGGCUGCCACAGCAAUGUGAAUGCACCUGGGUACAAGUACCACCUGUCUGGGCCCACAUUUUGGGAUUCCUGCAGGUUAACCGUUUGCAGCUUCAGAUGAUGUGGAACAAAUGAAGAUUUUAUGUGACUUUAUCAGAAGUAAGUGUCAAUGCUAUUCUUCAGAACCACUUUGUGUUUCUGAUUCUGUUAGGCAUUUCUUUCAUGAUAAAAUCCCUUCCUUCUCAUUAAACAUAAACAAAUCUCUUUUUUAUGUGCAGGGAAUUGACCCAUGCAUACUUUUGAUCUCUUAAAUGAAAGGAUCACUAUUAAAUAAAAUUGUCAUCAGUUGUGUUGAAGACAAGGCAUUUUAAAAUAGAGAUACUUUGCUCUUGCAUUGUAAGAAGACCAUGUCAGUAAGGUCGAGGGUGGGGAUGCAAAUGACUUGUUUCUUAUAUAUGCAGAAAAGCCAAUCACAGAAGCACACGGGAAAAAAGUAUGCACACUUUAUUUUGUAUAAAACAAGUUUCAUUUGGUUAUUCUCUCCCUUUUGUGUAUGAGUUAAGGGAAGGAAGCAUACGUCAGGUUAAUUUAACUGAAUUUUAAUUUAAAUAUAGAUAAAUAUAACCUCCAAAUGGUACAGCAGAAGAGUUAGUUGAAGCCGCAAAAUAUUAUGGCUGCUGUGAUUUAUUAUUCUAGAAUAGAUAUGGGUCAAGUAUAUACAUCUUAAGUGAUAAUUUCACACCUUAGGAAUGCUGGCUCAAUUUAUUUUAUUUUAUUCUCAAGAUGUUAAAUUCACUUUUUUAUUUAUUAUCUUCGUAUACUCUGUGGCACUUGUGUAAAACAUCUCCUCACCUACUCAAUUCUACGAGGUUUUAACUUUUGAGCAACAUAUAUCAAACCAUUGACAGGGCCGAUAUUUCUUGCAACAGGAAAAUAAAGUUUAAAAUUGUACACGUCCCUCUCACCUUUAUGCAUUUACAUUUCCUUACUAUGGUUUUCUUUUGCUUCUUAGAAAUUCUGUAGUGUUUAGUAAAGAAUUGGGAAGUGCUUACCCUUGGCCUUUUUUAAAAAAUGAUGUUCCUUCCAGUAUACUCCAGGGGGCAGUGUUUUACAACACAUUUCCACCACUUGGUGACCGAAGGAUGGACGUUUUUGAAAAUUUGACAGCUGCAUGAAAAAUGAGAAAAUAUUUUCCUCACCUCUGAAGUAGGCUUGCAGCUGGUGACUUGUUCGUUCAGAAAACAUCCUAGAGCAGAGAGUGGUUGUGAGCUGUGCUUAUAGUUUGGGAAAAUCAUCAGGAGAAACACAGUAUUCUACAUUCAGCAUUCAUGUCCCAGUGCUUCAUAGCCACAUUUUGUUUGUAACAAAGAAAGAAGAUUUUCUCAAUUCUUGAAUAUGAAUAAAAUUUCUGUUUUUUCAAAGAUGAAAAACAGUUGGUUCCAAAUAUAACUCUAAUUAGAAUGCUGCUUUUGAUGGUAUUAAAAUAACCUGAAUAGCAAUGUAAAGGUUCCUUUCUCUUGUGUCAGAUCGUAUUCUUUGUGAUAGUUUAGAAAGAAUAUGUGGCAAGAACUAAGGGUGAUGAUCAUCUGAGCAGGGGAGAGAAACUUCAUUGCCUCUAAUCAGAUCAUCUACAAACAAAUAAGUAAACAUUUAUGCUGGUUAGUGGGGACAUGUUUUUGUUUCUUGACUUUCCCUAAAUUUAAAAGAGGUUGGACAUAUCACUUAGAUAAAAACGUGUGUUCCUUUUGGCAAUUUUUAUACAUGGAUAACUUCAGAUCAGAACAUUUUGGGGGGAGAUGAUGAUUUGAAAGUAAACUAGAUUUCUAGGGAAGUAUUGGUUCCAAUGAAGAAUGGCAGGAAAUUUCUUCUAUGUUAUUUGUUUAGUUGCUUUGGAAAAACCAAUAGCUUACUUUCUAAUACUCAACCAGAUGUACUCACUAUGAACAUUUAAAAAUUAUUCCUGAGAUACUUCAAGAGACCCAUUUAGUUUUUAUAGUCUUUCAAUGUGACAAGAAUUUAUUUAUAAAUAGAUUUUUCUGUCUUACCAAAAUCCGUUUUACUUAGGGAAUACUAAAUUGUUCUGAAAGAGACUACCUACUCACUUUCAAAUAAUCCUUUUUUGUUGUUAUUUUUAAAGUCCUAGUAGCUCAGAAAUGAAUUUUGUUUUAUUUUUGUUUGUUUGUUUUGUCUUUCGAUAGAACCUGGAAAUUAGUAAUGUAGUUGAAUUCUUACUAUCAGAACGAUUUCAAAGACUAAGAUUUUCUUCUAGUCGCUACUCAUCCCCUGCCCCAAGGAAUCCUAAAAUAUUAGUUGGUAGCUAAUAUAAGUUUUAUAUGCUAAGAUGUUCAGGUUUAUAGUUUAUGUGUAUAUAUAUUAUAUAAAUAUAUAUGUAUAUAUAAAUAUUAUGUUCAGUUUGGAGUCUGGCACAACUCCAUUUUGUGGAUUAGAGAGUAAAAUAUUAUGGAUGAUAAAGUACUAAAUGAAACAUAAUAUUUAUUUAUGAAAGUGUGUAGAUCGUUAAAUCACAGAUGACAGUGCUAUGAACGUUGUGUGUGCGGAGACAGGCCUUUGACCUCCUGGAAAGCAUCGCUCAAAAGUCAUUAGUGACCAUUCUUUUUAUUCUCAGAACAUAAAGCUUCUUAGAAAACAUGCUCAGAUUUUAUUUACAGGGCAUUCUUUGUUUCAAUUGUUGUGUAAUCAGGUAUACAAGUACUGAAUACAAACCGAAUUUCAUGUUCCUAGAGUCAUGCAUAUUCAUUAGAAGUUACAUUGUUUUAUGUUGUUGGUCUGUUCUGGUUCUUCUUUGUUGGUGGAAAGGCAUUGAAAGAAGUACAGUUUUUAAACUUGAAUAGUUUUAUAGUUAAAUCUCCUUAGAAAAUUCAGUCACAUAGUGGAAAUGAGAGAAAUGGCAUCAGAAGUGAUUUAGUUUAGCAAUUAUGAUUCCUCUUCUAAAACAAAACAAAACAAAACAAAAAUGCCAUAUUUUUUGGAGAAGAGUUGGCGAUAUAUAAAGGGUUUUGUUGUCUUUUUCAAAAGAAGACUCAUUUGUGUUCUUUUGGGGAACCAGUGCCUUAUUGAAUUUGUAUAUACUGUAAUUAUUCAGUACUAGGGAACAAACAAUUGUAUUUGUUACAAAUUGUAUAUGGCUUUGUUUGAACAUUCCCCCAAAUAAAAUGGUUUCAUUCUCCCCUUGGAAAGAA